AUGACAGCAAAAGUGCUUAAGGCAGGAGGUCAGGAACUUUGGAAAGCUCUCGCCCAAAGGUUCAGCCGCUACCUGGAAAUCCAGAAGAUACAGUCCAGUUGGAAAGAGUCCAAUACUAUCUUGCUGCAUAAGAAAGGUGAUCGAGACAAUCUAAAGAACUAUUGCCUGAUCUGCCUGCUUUCGCAUACCUAUAAGUUGUUCACUAAAAUAAUAACAAAUCGACUGUUGCAAAACCUGGAUGUACAGCAACCUAGAGAGCAGGCUGGCUUCCAAAGGAAUUGCAUCACAAUAGACCACAUCUUCACUCUAAACCAACUACUAGAGCGUUCAAGGGAAUACAAGUUCCCUUUGUGCAUUGCCAUUGCGGAGUACGAGAAGGUGUUCGACAGCGUCGAGACUAACACCGUUCUUGAAGCUCUUUUAGAACAGGGCAUCAGUGCGAAAUAUAACACAUUACUAAAGGAAGUGAACUCUGGCGGCAGCACGGACAUAUCGCUGUUCGAUACUCCCCUCCGAAUCCCUACUGAGAAAGGUGUGAAACGAGAUACAGUUUCACCAAAAUUAUUAACAGCCUGUCUUGAAUUGGUUUUUCGAUGAGAAGACUUGAAAAGCGGGAUUAAUAUCGAUGGUGAGCGGCUAAACCAUCUCAGGUUUGCAGAUGAUAUAGUGCUGAUAGCCAAAAAUACAGUCUAG